AGGUAAACAGUAGAAUCGCAAUCCGUUUCCCCCAAUAAAGCUGGUUUCCAGCUUUACCCCUCCUCACCCUCUGUCCACUAUAACUCCAAUUCCACCUUCAGCUAACCCUAAUUUCAACACACACGAUGCAACCCUUUCAAUUUGGGGAUACUCAAAACCCAAUUCAAUUCACCGUAUAUUCUCUAUUCAUCGAACAUGAAUGAAUCUUGAAUCAUCAUAUCCUCUCGAAGAAUGUUGCUUUUUGUUCUAAAAUCUUUCAACCAAAUCCCUUCUUUUCUUCCGAAUUCUUUCGUGUCUAUAAAUUGUUAAUAUUCUUCGUUAAAGAUUGGAAUUAUGGGAGGUGAAAGCAAAUGGAGGAAGAUGAAGCUCGCUCUAGGGCUAAACACGUGUCUUUAUCUUCCAAAAACCACCGACGACGAUGAAUCUGUGAACUCACGCGCUCACGCGCCGCCUAGGGUUUCGGAUGUUCGUCGUCUGAUGCCUACUACUCCGACUCCGUCGUCUUCCGGUCUCCAGUUGUCCAAAUACGGUGUUAAAUCGUCGAAUAAGCAAAUGUGUGCAAUAUGCUUGACGGCAAUGAAACCAACCGACGGUCACGCAAUCUUCACUGCAGAAUGCUCACAUGCCUUCCAUUUCCAUUGCAUUGCAUCAAACGUAAAACACGGAAAUCGAGUCUGUCCCAUUUGUCGUGCAAAAUGGAAAGAAGUUCCUCUAGAGAGUUCUGGUUCUUCUCGUGUGAAAUCAAGUACAAAUCCCGGUUCAUUUAUGAUUUUACCGGGUAUGCCACAUCAUCAAACGCGCCCCAAUCGUAGCGCUUCGUUACUAUUUCAAGCCCCCGAGCCACCCAUCUUUGACGACGAUGAACUAGUCAACCAGAAAGUUGAAGUCUCUGGUGAUUCUGAUUCCAUUGGAGGCGUAGAAAUGAAAACGUACCCUGAAAUUUCAGCAGUAGCCAGAUCAACAUCAUUCGAUAAUUUUGGCAUCUUAAUUAAUCUCAAAGCUCCCGUCACUAAAGGACAUCAAAACGCUCGGGCACCGUUGGAUCUAGUAACCGUUCUUGAUAUUAGCGGUAGCAUGACAGGUACAAAGAUUGCUUUACUAAAACAAGCUAUGGGUUUUGUAGUGCAAAAUCUCGGCCCGUUGGACCGACUUUCUGUUAUCGCGUUUUCUUCUUCAGCCCGCCGCCUCUUCCCGCUUCGUCGUAUGACCGAAACCGGGAAACAAGAAUCUUUACAAAUUAUUAACUCAUUGGUCGCUAAUGGUGGGACCAAUAUAGCCGAAGCGUUAAAAAAGGCAGUGAAAGUGAUGACGGAGCGGAAAUACAAGAAUCCGGUAAGCAGUAUGAUAUUAUUGUCAGACGGGCAAGACACAUACACCAGCAUCAGCCCGCGAAAGGCCGGGUCGAAAACCGAUUACCAGACUCUUUUACCGUCUUCUAUGCAAUCGAAGAAAGACGUAACACACAUACCGGUUCACACAUUUGGGUUCGGUAUGGAUCAUGAUGCUUCUGCAAUGCACUCUAUCUCCGAACAUUCUGGAGGGAUGUUUUCGUUUAUAGAAGCUGAGAAUGUGAUACAAGAUGCUUUUGCACAGUGUAUCGGUGGGCUUUUGAGCGUUGUGGUUCAAGAACUACGUGUUGAAGUCGAGUGUGUUCAUCCGAUGUUGCGGCUUGGGUCGAUUAAAGCUGGGAGUUAUAAAGUUGGUAUGGACGAAAACGGAAGAUCGGGGUUUAUCGAAGUCGGUGAUUUAUAUGCCGAGGAAGAGAGGGAUUUUCUUGUAGCAAUGGAUCUUCCGGUUGAAGAAACGGGUGACGAAAUGUCAUUGGUGAAAUUCAGGGUUAUUCAUAAGGACCCGAUAAAGAAAACCGUGGUUACGGUCGGUGGAAAUGAAGAUGUUACAAUCUCGAGGCCGGAGUCAACUUUGGGAAAGCAAGUAGUGUCAAUUGAAGUUGACCGACAGAGGAACAGGCUUAGAGCGGCCAAUGCGAUAGCCGAAGCACAAGUGGCUGCCGAACGUGGUGAUCUCGCUGCUGCAACGUCAGUGCUUGAUGAUUGCCGGAAAAAGUUGUCUGAAUCUGUGUCGGCUUCUAGAGGUGAUCGGUUGUGCAUCGGUUUGGUUGCUGAAUUGAGGGAAAUGAAAGAAAGAAUGGCGAGCCGAAGAGUGUACGAGUCGUCGGGACGGGCGUAUGUUUUGUCGGGGUUGAGCUCGCACUCGUGGCAAAGGGCCACGGCUAGGGGUGACUCGACCGAAAUGACGAGCCAGAUACAGAGUUACCAGACACAGUCAAUGGUGGACAUGGUUAACCUGUCUCAGACAAUGUGCUUUAGCAGGAGUCCUUCAACAUCUAUGGUUGUUAACCCUUCACCCAAAAACAAAAAGUCUUUAAGGUCAAUAUACUCCUUUCCUCCACCUCAGCCUAGAUGAUUAUUAAAGGGCUGCUGCUGCUUUGUGUCGUCGUUUUAGUUUGGGAAGUGCAAAAUAGUAUGUUUUGAAUUUUGAAAAAAGAAUUGUGGGUAUAUUUCUUCCAAUUUGAUUGGUUAGUUGAUUGAUUGUAAGGGAAUAAUUUCGAGUUGAUUGAUCUUAAGAGCAUCAUAUUCUUACAAUUCAAGGAAAACCACCUAAAUUGUGGGUAUUUCU